AUGUUCCUGCGCUCGCUUACCUCGGCAGAUAAACCAGCCCCCACGCGUGGCGAGCCUAAGCUUCUGAAGAAUAACAUCGAGUUUGAGCCUUCUCAGACACGGAAACUGGGCCAGCAUGUUCGCUCAAUACAGUUCCUAUGGGGAGGCCCUUGUUCGUUAGGAAAGGGUGGCGGCUCCCUCAUUUAUCAGAUUCUCCAAAGCUGCCCAAAGCUCGAAAAGAUUGCAAUCAGCACAACACUCUUGGUUCGCUGCAAAGAACCUGUCCUGGAUGCCCUUGGAAGUCGGCCUCUGGUCAAGGAAUUUGUGAUCCUCAAGAACCCUGUCAAAGGCAUCCCCGGCUGGCUGGCAAAUGACGCAGCCACUCAAUUGCUUCCGAACUGGAACCAACUCGAGACGAUUGAUUUCACCCGACUCUGCAGUAGAUAUGAAGACAGGAACAAGCCGAUCCCUCAACCAAUACCUGUCAUAAACUGCGCCCUACGAAAAGUUGUCUUGAUCCAACCUAAUGUCUACGGGGAGCAGCUUUCUUUGAUUUUGAAGAGUUCUCGAGAGAGUAUGCAAACCCUCAAGAUCAUCGAUCCACACUUUAAGCUUACUCGUGCGGGACUAUGUCAGGUUCUGAGAGAUUGCGCUGGCCCAAAGCUGGAAUCGUUGACGCUUGAGAUCAACGUCAGGAUGAACAUGGACUGGGACCAAAUACACUACCAAGACAACAUCAAAGGCUCCGAUGACCCGAGCAAAAACCGGGACCUGUUGGACAUCGUCUUCCGCACCUCUGACGCUAUGAGCAAUCUCAAAUCCUUGACGUUUGCCGGCUCGUUGGCCAGCUCUGAUUUGUUCGCCCUCUUGCCCCCUUCAAUCGUCAAGCUUGCCUGGGAACGAUGCCAUAUUACCGGCGCUGCCUUCGCAGCUGCACUUUCCAGCUAUCAACGUUGUCCAAGUGAUCAAGAUCUGGAUGACCCAUCCGGCCCUGCUCGACAGGUGCAAUUGCUUCCUAAUUUGAAGUGCUGCUCAGUUCGCCACGAGCACAAUUGGGAAGGUGAAUAUAAGCAAGCAAUCCAGGCCAGCUUCCGAGCCCGAGGGGCAUGCUAUCACAGCAAGAAGCAUCCGUCUUGGUGUCCAGACUAUGACGAGGCUGAGCCAAUCGGGCUCGAUGAUGGUUAUGGUUCUGAUCAGGGUGAUGAUUAUGGAUGUGCGGGCUGUGCUCCGUCUGACUCUGAUGACUCUGAUGAUGGACAGUUCUACGAAAAUCAGUAUGAUUAUAUGUGA